CAGUUCUUUCCAUUGCUCCUUUUCCUUGUUUCCUUCUUUCACAUCCACCCUUCACGUUGUUUUUCUCACUUUAUCUCUUCACUUUCUUCUUUUACUUCCUUUUACUUUUACCUACCCACAGCCGUGGACAAACAAACAUAGCAACACAAGGACAUUACAACUAUGAGUUCCGGUACGAGUUCCCAGGACCUUCGGCGUCAAGAGCAGCUAGACAUAGUACAAGCAGCGUUGGAAGCCGCAGCAGAAGUGAGAAACACUGUGGAGGGCGGACAGGCAGUAGCAUCAAGCGUCGAUUCGGUAGCCGACGAAGCUGAGGACGAGGUGGGGUCAACAUGCGCCGCAGCAGAAGAUGCAAGGCGCGCGGCAUCUGACGCUGCCGCUGUGACGGCACGAGCCGAUGAAGCAGUCGAAACAGGACAAGCAACCCUAUCACGACUUCUUCAAAACCAGCAGCCUACUGUAGCACAGGAAGCUAUACAUGCAGCUGGAAAAGUGAUAGAGAGCGCGAUAGCGGCCGUGAUGGACGCAGAGGAAGCGAUAGAGGUAGCUACUUCAGCAGCGGAAGCAGCAGAUGAAGAGGCAGUGGCAGUACAGGAGGCAGCAGAUUGGGCAAGAGGUGAUGCAAGGAGAAUUUCCAGAGCAGCAUAUACUGUUGAUGAAGCGGCACUGGCGGUAGAGGAACGGGUGGAAGAAUUAGAGGAGGCAGCAGAGAAUAUACGGUCCGAAGAGCGAUGCCUACGGAUACCUAGUUCCUCCAAAGAGAUCUACUUCACCGCUAAAAACCCUCGCAAGAAGUAUCGCUUUAGAGACAAGGAUAAUACUGAUGACAAUGAGCUAGCUGAUCGAGGAUUGUGA